GUGUGUGUGUGUGUGUGUCUGUGUGUGUGUGUGUGUCUGUGUGUGUGUGUGUCUGGCUGUCCUUGCUGUUCGUCAGCACUUUUUCGUGAGGAAUGUCAGCAGUUUUCAUGCGCACAAUACACAAGAACAACAAACAACGACGAUGGUGUUGUUGGCGGCGCUGGCACGGCGAACGCGAUGUCUGAGUGGGCGCAGCGUUGUGGCCACGCUGCUGCGGGUACUGAUCCUUGUGGCGUUGGGGCUGCUUGUGGUGUACCUACUCCCAGCCAGCUCACCGCUCAACCGGUCCCAGCACGUCCGUGACGUGACCGGCAGCAACAGUGGACAGCCAUCGAUGCUGCACGACAGCAGCAACAGCAACAGCAACGGCAACAGCAACAGUGGAAAGAUCGGGGGUGCUGGCGGCGGUGGUGAGGACGACGACAAUUCCAAGUGGACGUACCCGAUCCAGCUGGACCUGCAGCUGUCAGAGAAGUUCGUCAAUGAUCCCGUGCUGCAGGAUGACGAGAAGAUGAUGCGGCAGUAUGGCUUCAACCUGCGGCGCAGCAACUCGCUGCCACUGGCGAGAGAGAUGCCAGACAUCCGGCAUCGGGACUGCAAGUCUAUCGUGUACCCGAACAACAUGCCCAAAGUCUCUGUGAUCAUCAUCUUCUACAAUGAACCCGUGUCCACGCUGCUGCGCAACGUCCUGAGCGUGCUCAACCGAUCUCCGCAGCAUCUGCUUGGCGAGAUUGUCCUCGUUGAUGACAACUCCACGCUCCCUGAACUGCAGGACCUGCCAAAGCACCUCGCAAAGCUCCCAAAGAAGGUGCGCCAUGUGCGUCGCAAUGUCCACAACGGCAUUGUUGGUGCUCGCAUUCGCGGGUCACGCGAGGCCCGCUUCCCCAUCAUCGCCUUCAUCGAUAGCCACGCGGAGGUGUUUCCUGGGUGGCUGGAGCCGCUGGUGUAUCGCAUUCAUCUCAACCGCAAGACCGUGGUCAUCCCCCAUCUUCGGCCCAUUGAUAUCCACUCCCUCUCCGCAGUCGCUGGCGUCGCACGUGUCACGUCAAAGGGAAGCUUCAACUGGCGCAUGUCAUUCACACAUGUAGGCGCCAAUCCAGACAAGGACAUCAUCGGAGACAACAAGAAGAUCGGUCCCGUGCGAACCCCCGUGAUGCCUGGUGGCAUCUUUGCCAUGGAGAAGAAGUGGUUUGAAGAGCUGGGCGAAUACGAUCCAGAGAUCUUGUACUAUGGUGGCGAGCACUUGGAGCUGUCCUUCCGCGUGUGGAUGUGCGGUGGGUCGAUGGAAUCCAUUCCGUGCUCCAAUGUCGGGCACAUUUACCGCCACUUUGACCGCUUUGCUGUUGACCCUCUCCUGGACAACAAGAAGAUUGGACCCAUCCUCGACAGGAACGACCUGCGCGUCGCAGAGGUGUGGAUGGACGAGUACAAGGAGAUUGUGUACGACACGCGCGGGUUCUACGGAAAAGAUCCUGGCGAUCUGUCUGAGCGUCGCGCCAUUCGCGAGCGCCUCAACUGCCACUCCUUCAAGUGGUUCCUGGAGAACGUUCACCCGGACCUUUGGGUCCCAGACAUUCACCCAAAGUUUUCAGGCAUCAUCAGCGACCCAUCCAAACGCAUCUGCGUGGACAACAUGCAGCAUGAUCGCGGCGGCCCCAUUGGCAUGUACGGCUGCCACGGAAUGACCACACAGCGCUGGCGCCUCAUGAACGACGGGGUCAUCAGCAACGGCGUGGCCUGUCUCCGCUGGGAUGCGUUUGGUGUCAAGGCGUGCUCCGAUGCGCACACGUGGAAUGUGGUGGACGGCACGCUGCGCCCGGAGCAGUAUGACAACACCUGUCUCACCAAGCUCGAGGGGACAACGGAGGCCAGGCUGCAAACAUGCUCCCAGGACCUCAAGGAGCAGCAAACGUGGGACAUGAGCCAGGAGACCCCAAAUGGUCGCGUUGCUACCAUCGACCAUCUGUGCAUCGUCUCUUUCGACCGAAUUCGCUCCGUGUACAGGCUCGGAUCGUGCUCAUCUCGCCGCGCUGUGUUAAGAACGGACAACCGCCUUGCUAUCGACGACAACAUGUGUCUCUCCACCUUGACAAACAUCAUGCAGACCACGUGCCGCAACACAGACAACCAGCUGACGUGGAACUUUGACGGCAACUACAUCCGCCCCGCUGGUCUUGACCAAACGUGCAUGUCUCGCCGGGGAACGCAGGCUGCGUUUGUACCGUGCGACCCUUCCAACCCAGACAUACAGUGGCGUGUGUACAAGACGUUUCCUUGAUGCUCUUUGAGGCCUUGCUUUGGUGUUUGGUGUUUACCUCGAACACGUGUGCGUUUAAUGCGUGUGUUUGUGUUUGUGUUUGUAUUUGUGUUUGUGUGUGUGUGUGUAUUUGUGUUUGUGUGUGUGUG